AUGUACUCAAUCAACAACAUCCUCGCCAUUUCGGGCCUUGCUCUUUUCACCACCACAGCCCAGGGGCACAUGGUGAUGGCCUCGCCUCCACCAUACGGCAGUCCCGACAACAGCCCACUCAACGCCGAUGGUUCAAACUUCCCAUGCAAAGCCACGAGCAAUUCUGGUGGCACCGUCACCAACAUGGCUAUCGGCGCCCCGCAGACGCUCUCCUUCCUGGGCGAAUCUGUGCAUGGCGGUGGAUCUUGUCAAGUCUCUCUUACUACCGAUACACCUGCAACGAAGAGCUCUAAAUGGAUGGUCAUUCACUCGAUCGAGGGAGGUUGCCCGGCUAAGAACGUGGCAGGCAACCUUGGAGCAGACAACUCCGCCUCGGCUCCUGACCCGGAUACCUACAGUUUUGCCAUUCCUACAGGCAUCGCUCCAGGAGCAUACACCCUCGCGUGGACCUGGUUCAACAAGGUCGGCAACCGUGAGAUGUACAUGAACUGCGCAUCGGUCAAAGUCACGGGCGGAUCCAGCAAGAGAGACACUCCUCUCAACGAGACCGACUUCGCCAUCCCGGACCUUUCCGGCCGAGAGACACCCUCCUUCCCCGCCAUGUUCGUCGCCAACAUCCCAACUUCCGACUGCCUGACCGCCGACUCCAAAGACGUCCAGUUCCCCACCCCGGGAACAUCCGUCGAGAAGGACGGCGUCGCUUCUGACCUCGCGCCUCCCACCGGGCCCAACUGUGGCGCGUCGGGCGGCUCGGCCUCGAGCGGGGCCUCCAGCAGCUCGUCUUCGGGCGCUCAAGCAGCUUCCCCCGCUGAUGGCUCAUCGGCUGGUGCUUCGGCUGCCGCCCCCUCCGCUGCCUCCCCAGCGGCGGCCGCUCCCUCUGUUGCCCCAGCAGCAGCAGCAGCCCCAGCCCCCUCUGCUGCCUCCCCUGCUGCCGCCUCACCCUCCACCGACUUUACCUCUGGUUCCUCCGGUAGCACCGGCUCCUCAGGCAGCACCUGCUCCUCCUCCGGCACCAUGGUGUGCAGCGCCGAUGGCAAGCAAUUCGCCAUCUGCGGUGCCAGCGGAACGGCCCCCAGCUUCCAACCCGUGGCUGAUGGGACUUCGUGCACCAAUGGAGCGAUCGCGGCCGCCAAGUCGAAGCGCUCGUCUGUGAAGUUUGCGGCGGGAUACAAGAACUAG